CACGACAUUCAUUCAUUUCCCGCCAAAAUAACAAACACUUAUUUUGCACCGUCUCCAUUUGAAAUACAGCUUCUCUCUCUCUCCUCUCUCUCAUCUUUUCUCUCUCUAGUUAAUAUAGGCACAGAACAGAGAACACACGUACGGUACAUACUGGAGGAUUUGAAAAAAGUAAGGAGAACACAUUCACAAUGUCCGCGGCAAAAGCGAGCGUGAAGCGAGUUUCUGAGUCGGAGAAUGUGAAGGCGGAUCGGCGGAAGCGAGUCAUGGUUGACGAUGAUUUUGACGCUGCGAUCUCCAAUGAUCUUAAAGGUAUUAUGAGCGCUCUUCAGCAGAUCAAGGAGAAGGCGCAGAAAGAUGGUCAGAAGAAGAACGAAGAGACAAUUUCAAGUGUGGCUUCAGAGAUCAAAUCAAAUUUGGAUGAGUUGAAAUCGAAACUGGAGAAAGAAAGGCAAAAUUUUGCUAAGGGACUCUCAAAGAGCUCAAAAGAGUGUGAAAACUUGCUGAAGAGUGAGACUGCUAGGUUCCAAGAAGUUUAUGAGAAGUUCUCCAAUGAGAAAUCUGCUCAUCUUCAGGCCCUGAAAGAUGUAAUUUCCAAAUAUGAAGAAGAGAAGGAAAAGCUAUUUGCACGAUAUGAACAACUAAGGAAGAAAGAGAGGAAUAUGUUAACCGAACACGAGAAAGCAAAUGCAGCAAGAAUAGCUCAACUUGAGGAAUCCCUGAAGAAGAAGAAGCAGGAUGAUAAAACCUUCAGCAUUUUGAAAAAGACUCUCGGUUCGUUUCUUGGAGAUGCUUCCGAUGAGGACUUCCCUCCCGACGACUGAAAGCUUUUUUUCAAUGGCCGGUCCGCUUGAAAAAAGUCGUUUUCCACUUCCAAAGUUCAUGAAGUUAUGAAUUUCGACCAUUCAUAAAAUCUUUAUUUUUUCUGUCACACAUAUUGAUAUCACUUGUAAUUAAGUACUAGUUUGCAGUUAUCUCUGUGUUACUCAGAAGAAUGGUUUUUACAUUAUCGUAACUGGCUAAAUUCCGUGGAAAACAACUUAGGCUAUUUCGUCUGUUUAGUGUUGAGGAUUUGUUAUUAUGGUGUGUUACAGUGUUUUGACACUG